GCGCGCAUACGAAGACACCGCACGCAGGGGACCUCCAACCAUGGCUCAGCACCUUGCGAAGAUCUUCGGCACCGAGGAGGACAAAGUCAACUGCCCAUUCUACCUCAAGAUGGGGGCGUGCCGGCACGGCGACCGGUGCAGCCGCAUCCACAACCGGCCCAUCCUCUCGCAGACCGUCCUCCUGCAGAACAUGUAUCUGCCGCCGCCGCAGCAGUACGACCCGAUGGGCAACCCACUCCCGCAGAGCGAGGAGGAGCUGCAGGAUCACUUCGAGGAGUUUUACGAGGACAUCUUCGAGGAGCUCAUCACGGUGGGCGGCGAGCUGGAGCAGCUCCGCGUCUGCGAGAACCUCUCCGACCACCUCGCCGGCAACGUCUACGCAAAGUUCCGCGACGAGGACGACGCGCAGAAAGCGCUCACAAAGCUCAUGGGUCGCUUCUACGCGGGCCGGCCCAUCCUGGCGCAGUUCUGCCCCGUGACCGACUUCAAGGACGCGCGCUGCCGCCAGUUUGAGGAGUCGACGUGCUCGCGCGGCGGCUACUGCAAUUUCAUGCACCUGAAGAAGGUUUCGUCAAAGCUCCAGCGCCGGCUCGCUCGCAAGCUCGAGGAGGCCCGGGAGGAGCGGGACCGCGAGCGGCGCAAGUCGCGCCGCGAGCGCCGCUCCCGCUCGCGCUCGCGCUCGCGCUCGCGCGGCCGCGGCGACCGCGGCGCCGAGGACCGCGACCGAAACGGGCAGCCCCGCGGGCGUGAGGGUUCGGCGGAGCGCCGCGCAAAGAUCGAGCAGUGGAACCGGAAGCGCAACGAGGGCGGCGGCGGCGGCGGCGGCGGCGGCGGCGGCGGCGGCGGCGGAGACGGCCGGCGCGAGACGUCGGAGGAGCGGCGCGCCAAGAUUGCCCAGUGGAACGCCGCGGGCGCUGGCGGCGGCGGCGAUUGAGGCGGGCGGCGAGGGCAUCGGGCGCUUGAGCGGGCUACGAGCACUGCGCGCCAACGGCCAUGGGAUGGUGAAGCGGGGUGACAGCGCAGACGGCGCACGGGUAGUCGAGGCCGGGGAGCGGGUAGGAGCUGCGAUGCGCCGCCAUCCACCCGGCCGCUGAAACACUGCGCUGACAGCAGGGCCGAGGCGGAGGCCUCGAGCCGCACCACGACCCGCCUCGCUUUGACUUUCGACAAGUGUAGAGAACAUGUUCAUGUAAACUGAUAAUGUGAUCAGCCCGUUGUUGCACCUUGGAGUGUGAAGGCUUCGUAGGACGUAGCCCUCCGGUCUACUAUGUAAGACCGGAGUGCUGGAGCGACAAAAGCAAGCGAGUGAUAUGUGUC